AUGGCCGCGGCCGCCGCCUUCCUCCGCCGCUACCUCCACUCACUGGCCCAAACCCCCCACCGGCUGAGGAAGAGAAUGCUAGCCACGUGGACUCCCGACCAAGAACUCAACCAAGUCCGCCAAAGAUCAGGAGCUGACAUGAAAAGGAAGCUCAAGUGGUUCGAUUUAGUCGCCCUCGGCGUCGGAGGAAUGCUCGGCGUUGGCGUCUUCGUCACCACCGGCCCCGUCGCCCUCCAUGUCACCGGCCCCGCCGUCUUCCUUUCCUAUAUCAUCGCCGGAGUGUCCGCUCUCCUCUCUUCCCUUUGUUACACUGAGUUCUCCGUCCAUGUCUCCGCCGCCGGCGGUGCCUUCAGCUACUUAAGACUCACUUUUGGAGAGUUUGUGGGAUAUUUUGCUGGAGCAAACAUUAUAAUGGAAUAUGUGUUGUCAAACGCUGCAGUGGCAAGAAGUUUUACAGAAUAUUUGUGUGUAGCAUUUGGAGAAAGUGAACCAAAUGCAUGGAGAGUGGAAGUCCAUGGGUUGUUGAAGGGUUAUAAUAUGUUGGAUUUCCCAGCUGUGGCUCUCAUUCUUCUUCUCACUCUCUUUCUUUGCCACAGUACAAAGGAGAGCUCAAUGCUAAACCUAAUAAUGACAGUUUUCCAUGUGAUAUUCUUUGGGUUUAUAAUUGGGUGUGGGAUGUACAAAGGAAGUGCAAAGAAUUUGGUAAAGCCUGGUGGGUUGGCUCCUUUUGGAGUGAAAGGUGUUUUGGAUGGUGCAGCCAUUGUUUACUUCAGCUACAUAGGCUAUGACUCAGCCUCAACUCUUGCUGAAGAAAUCCAAAACCCUAAACACAGUCUUCCAAUUGGCAUACUUGGUUCUGUUAUCAUCACUUCUGCUCUCUAUUGCCUCAUGGCCCUCUCCCUCUCUCUCAUGCUCCCUUACAAUCAGAUAUCAGAAAAGGCAUCAUUUUCAAUAGCUUUUCAAAGGAUUGGUUGGAAGUGGGCAAGCAAUGUAAUAGGGGGUGGAGCAAGCUUAGGGAUUGUGGCCUCUCUUCUUGUUGCUAUGUUGGGACAAGCAAGGUACCUUUGUGCAAUUGGGAGGGCUAGGUUGGUUCCUUCUUGGCUAGCCAAGGUCCAUCCUUCAACAGGCACACCUUUGAAUGCAACACUAUUCUUGGGUCUUUGCACAGCCUCAAUUGCACUCUUCACUGAGCUUUACAUAGUGAUUGAAAUGAUCUCAAUUGGGACACUCAUGGUCUUCUACCUAGUGGCAAAUGCAACCAUCUAUCGUCGAUACGUUAUGGUAAGCAAACAUCCUCCGUCUCGCAUUCUCCUGUUCCUCCUCCUCCUUUCAUGUUCGGCCAUCGGUUUCUCUCUAUCGUGGAAGCUUAACCAACAACUGUGGGGUCUUUUGUUCUUCGGUGGAUCGACAAUCUCCAUCAUCGCCUUCUUCCACUACAAAGUGCCGAGCCACCACACGCCAGAGGAGUGGUCGGUGCCAUUCAUGCCGUGGCCCGCGGCGAUAUCGAUAUUCCUCAAUGUCUUCCUCAUGACCACAUUGAGGAUGCUAUCCUUUCAAAGGUUUGCAAUUUGGUCUUGUUUCAUAACUUUGUUCUAUGUUGUGUAUGGUGUUCAUUCAACUUACAAAGCUGAGGAGACCAUGGAGGUGAAUAAUAGGGUUGGUGAUCAAGCUGUGAUGUCCAAUGUCAAUUCUACCCUCCAACAAAGCAAGCUGGACAUACAAGUGCUUUAGAUGAAAGUUGACUUUCUACACACCACUUUUCUCCCUCAAAAAAAAAAAAUUUGUCCAAAUUCUUUUUCUUUUUCUUUUUCUUUUCACUCUAUAGGGUCUAGAAAAUGGUUCUAUUUUGUGUAAAAUAGCCUAGAUUCUAUUUUGUGUAAAAUAGCCUAGAUUUUGAAAAAGAAAGUAUCAAAUCAAAAUGACAAGUUAACCAAAUACAAUCCGUAUGUGUAUUAUAGUUUCUUGAUUUUAAUA